AUGAAAUGGUCAAGCUUUUUGAGGUUUCUAGGAAUAUCCUCAGGCGUUGGAGAGACUUAUCCAGAUGCAAACUACGUCGGGACUCUUGAUAAAAAAGAAGUUACAAUAUACAACACAUCGCAACCCACCUAUCGUCUUAUAUAUGAUCACCAUGUACAGGGCAUUCGCUUUCUAAAUCUUCAGGCAAUAAAGAAAAACAAGCAGCACAUUAAUGCAAUUAUGGUUCUAUCUAAGACCGGCGGGGGCGGAGACACAUACAAAAUACUUAUUAAGCCAGGAGACCGCAGGGCCUCCCUUAAAAACAAAACGCAGAAACUUUUGUGUGUAGUUCGGAAUGACUAUAAAGUUACAGCCUGUAAGGCAGAUAGCAGCCCGAGCGCAUACACGAUGGAAUGGCAAAUUAAGCCUUUUGUAAAUGGGUACAAACUACAAGACAAAGACAGCCAGUAUUGUUUGGUUAGAACAACAGACAAUGGUAUACUAACCAUGGAGUCAUGCAGCAAGUCUACGCCAGAGCAUCGAUUUGAUAUGCUAGAGGUUGCAGACGAUCCGUACAAGCACCUAUAUCUAUCAGGAAGUCAGCUGCUGGCGUAUGAGAUGCAGGGCUCUGGGGGAGGUGGUGGGUCUUUGCCGGAGUGGAUGAUGAAUGGGCUGGCAGGAACUGGCAACAGCCACGGUCCACCUCCAGAUGAGCAAGGCCACACCUGGCCGCACCAAAACGAUGGGUAUGGGAAGAAUGGAAAUCCAAAUGAUCCAAGCAGCAUGAAUUCACACUGGGGGCAUAACAACAGACAGCCAUGGAAUGGCUCCAACACACCGACAAACGGGCUGUAUGGCCCGGGGAAUCAAUACUGGCCUAAUAAACCCGGUGCAAAUGGGUAUAAUCCAUACUGUCCGCCAACUGCAAACAACAAUGGGAAUGGUCCAGGGUUUAACAACGGAAAUAAUGGCUGGGGAGGCAACAAUGGAAACCAUAACAACGGAUACGGCCCAGGGUCUAAUAAUGGAAACAAUAAUGGUCCAUGGGGAGGUAAUAAUGGCAAUGGCAAUGGAUACGGCCCAGGCUUUAAUAAUAACAAUGGCUGGGCUGGAAAUGGCAACCAUAACCAUGGAGGUAACGGCUGGGGAGGCAAUAAUGGAAGCAAUAACAAUGGAUAUGGUCCUGGGUUUAAUAAUGGAAACAAUAAUGGCCCAUGGAGUGGAAACAAUGGAAACAACGGCGGCUGGGGUGGAAACAAUGGAAACAGCGGCGGCUGGGGUGGCAGCAAUGGAAAUAAUGGCGGCUGGGGUGGAAACAAUGGAAAUAAUGGGUAUGGCCCUGGAGCUAGCAAUGGAAACAAUGGCCCGUGGAGAGGAAAUCAGUUCCAUAAUAACAUGAUAGCUGCCAUGAACAGAGGCAAGGGUGUGAUUGAUCUGCACGACCUUGGAAAUAACAUUGGAAAGCUCAAGGACAUAGUGAAAACAUUAAAAUCCUUCUGCAAUGAAUCAUUCAGCGAAUUCGGUAUAUGCGCACCAUCUAACAACAUCUCAAGCAUGAGCCCGAACGAGCUUCAAAAACUUAUAAAGCAGCACAUGGAACAGGCAUAUCAGAAACCCCCCAGUGAAUAUUCUCCAAACAAUACCCACGCCCACAGAAACAAUGCACCGCAUGAUGAAUAUUCUCGAUACCAUCAGCAAGAUGGCAUUAAUUCACACCACCAAAGACAUCCAAUGCAUCCUCAUCGCUACAGGCAUCCUAGGCACGAUGAAAAUAUAGAAGAGCAUGGGCCAAGGCACAGAAGGCAUGCAGUCUACCGCCAUACAUCCCCCAGGCCAAAAAGGCCCUAUAUAUCAGAUGAUAACCAAGACAGCGACUAUGAAAAUUGCGACUAUGUAGAUAAAACUAUGAAUAAGCAUAGAAAACCCAGAAUAAAGCAUGAUAAAUACGGAAGAAAGCUGAAGUGCUACCCAUUGCAUGAUUUAGAUGAAGCCAGGCUGUCAUCUCAUCGGAAUAGAAGGCGAAUAACCCAUGAUGAUCCCUACUAUAGAGAGCACGAUACAACAGAAUACGAUGAAGAAUCUCCCUAUAGAAAGAAGCAUUUUGAUGAUCGGCAAAAAAGACACCAAUCUUAUGAUUAUUAGUCGCUUGAUGGGCUGGACUAAUCUUCUUUUUACAUAAUAUUCUGCGUUGAUUUCGGGUCAGUCGCCUUGCCU